UUUCGCAAAAAUGAUGAAAUGAAGGCUAUGGAAGUAUUGCCAAUCUUAAAGGAAAAAGUUGCAUACCUUUCAGGUGGCAGAGAUAAGCGCGGAGGUCCCAUUCUAACGUUUCCAGCUCGUAGUAAUCACGAUAGAAUACGGCAAGAAGACCUUAGAAGACUAAUUUCAUAUCUAGCUUGUAUUCCUAGUGAGGAAGUAUGUAAACGAGGAUUCACCGUCAUUGUAGAUAUGCGUGGGUCAAAAUGGGACUCCAUAAAGCCUCUGCUGAAGAUUUUACAGGAAUCCUUUCCAUGUUGUAUUCAUGUUGCACUGAUAAUCAAGCCAGACAAUUUCUGGCAGAAACAGAGGACUAACUUUGGCAGCUCUAAGUUUGAAUUUGAGACAAAUAUGGUGUCUCUGGAAGGCCUUACCAAAGUAGUUGAUCCUUCUCAGCUAACCCCAGAAUUUGAUGGCUGUUUGGAGUACAACCAUGAGGAGUGGAUAGAAAUCAGAGUUGCCUUUGAGGACUACAUUAGCAAUGCAACCCAUAUGCUGUCCAGACUGGAGGAACUGCAAGAUAUAUUGUCAAAAAAGGAAAUGCCUCAGGACCUGGAAGGUGCUCGCAAUAUGAUAGAGGAGCAUUCACAAUUAAAAAAGAAAGUCAUUAAGGCCCCUAUCGAGGACCUUGAUGUGGAAGGACAAAAGCUGCUCCAGCGGAUACAGAGCAGUGAUAGCUUUCCCAAAAAGAACUCUGGGUCAGGGAAUGCAGACUUACAGAACCUCUUGCCCAAAGUAUCCACCAUGCUGGACAGGCUGCACUCAACACGGCAGCAUCUGCAUCAGAUGUGGCAUGUGCGGAAAUUGAAAUUGGACCAAUGUUUUCAGCUUAGGCUGUUCGAGCAGGAUGCUGAAAAGAUGUUUGACUGGAUCACUCACAACAAAGGUCUGUUUCUGAACAGCUACACAGAGAUCGGAACCAGUCACCCCCAUGCGAUGGAGCUUCAGACACAGCACAAUCACUUUGCCAUGAACUGUAUGAAUGUGUAUGUAAACAUCAGCCGCAUCAUGUCAGUAGCAAAUCGUCUGAUCGAGUCUGGCCAUUAUGCUUCACAGCAAAUAAAACAGAUUGCUAGUCAGUUGGAGCAAGAAUGGAAGGCAUUUGCUGCAGCCUUGGAUGAACGUAGCACGUUACUGGAUAUGUCCUCCAUUUUCCAUCAGAAGGCUGAACAGUACAUGAGCAAUGUGGACUCAUGGUGUAAAGCCUGUGGUGAGGUGGAGCUUCCCUCAGAACUGCAGGAUUUAGAAGAUGCUAUCCAUCAUCAUCAAGGGAUAUAUGAGCAUAUUACAUUGGCUUACUCUGAGGUGAGCCAAGAUGGGAAGUCACUUCUUGACAAACUUCAGAGACCUUUGACUCCUGGGAGUUCUGAUUCCCUCACUGCUUCUGCCAACUACUCAAAAGCAGUUCAUCAUGUUCUGGAUGUCAUCCAUGAAGUACUGCACCACCAACGCCAACUGGAAAAUAUUUGGCAGCAUCGCAAGGUCCGCUUGCACCAGCGGCUUCAGCUGUGCGUUUUUCAACAGGAUGUUCAACAGGUGUUGGAUUGGAUUGAAAACCAUGGAGAAGCUUUUCUUAGCAAACAUACAGGAGUGGGAAAAUCCCUGCAUCGGGCCAGAGCUUUGCAGAAACGCCAUGAAGACUUUGAAGAGGUUGCACAGAACACGUAUACCAACGCAGAUAAGCUCCUAGAAGCAGCAGAACAGCUUGCUCAGACUGGGGAGUGUGACCCGGAGGAAAUUUAUCAAGCUGCCCAUCAGCUUGAAGACCGGAUACAGGACUUUGUUAGGCGUGUGGAGCAGCGCAAGAUCCUGCUGGAUAUGUCUGUGUCCUUUCACACUCAUGUUAAAGAGCUGUGGACGUGGCUUGAAGAGCUACAGAAAGAACUGCUUGAUGAUGUCUAUGCUGAGUCUGUGGAGGCUGUCCAAGACCUGAUUAAACGUUUUGGUCAGCAACAACAGACUACUCUGCAGUUUACAGUCAGUGUCAUAAAAGAAGGUGAAGGUCUUAUUCAGCAAUUAAGGGAUUCUGCCAUUUCUAGUAACAAGACCCCCCAUAACAGCUCAAUCACCCACAUAGAGACGGUUCUGCAGCAGCUGGAUGAGGCCCAGUCUCAGAUGGAGGAACUUUUUCAAGAACGCAAGAUCAAACUUGAGCUGUUUCUGCAGCUCCGCAUAUUUGAAAGAGAUGCAAUAGAUAUAAUUUCAGACCUUGAGUCUUGGAAUGAUGAGCUCUCUCAACAGAUGAAUGACUUUGACACUGAAGAUCUUACAAUAGCAGAACAGAGGCUCCAGCAUCAUGCAGACAAAGCCCUGACCAUGAAUAACUUGACCUUUGAUGUCAUCCACCAAGGGCAGGAUCUGCUGCAGUAUGUCAACGAAGUGCAGGCAUCUGGUGUUGAGCUGCUUUGCGACAGAGACGUAGACAUGGCAACUCGUGUCCAGGACCUGCUGGAGUUCCUGCACGAGAAGCAGCAGGAGCUGGACCUGGCGGCCGAGCAGCAUCGCAAGCACCUGGAGCAGUGCGUGCAGCUGCGCCACCUGCAGGCCGAGGUCAAGCAGGUUUUGGGCUGGAUCCGAAAUGGAGAGUCCAUGUUAAAUGCUGGACUUAUCACUGCUAGCUCUUUGCAGGAGGCAGAACAGUUGCAGAGGGAGCAUGAGCAGUUUCAACAUGCGAUAGAGCAGAAGGCAGAGGCAAUGCUGCAGGCUAAUCACUAUGAUAUGGAUAUGAUCCGGGAGUGUGCAGAGAAGGUCGCUUCCCACUGGCAGCAGCUGAUGCUGAAGAUGGAGGACCGUCUCAAGCUUGUGAAUGCCUCUGUUGCCUUCUAUAAAACUUCUGAACAGGUGUGCAGUGUGCUGGAAAGCCUGGAGCAAGAAUAUAAGCGAGAAGAAGAUUGGUGUGGGGGAGCAGACAAACUGGGUCCCAACUCUGAAACAGAUCAUGUUACUCCCAUGAUAAGCAAACACCUGGAACAGAAGGAGGCAUUUCUAAAGGUAUGUAAUUCCUCUGACUCUCUAGUUUUGAAUGCCGAUGUCUUCCUGAAAUACCUGCACAGGAACAGUGUCAACAUGCCAGGGAUGGUGACACACAUCAAAGCACCUGAACAGCAAGUGAAAAAUAUCUUGAAUGAACUCUUCCAGAGGGAGAACCGUGUGCUGCAUUAUUGGACCAUGCGUAAAAGACGUCUUGAUCAGUGCCAACAGUAUGUGGUGUUUGAAAGAAGUGCCAAACAGGCUCUGGAAUGGAUUCAUGACAACGGAGAGUUUUAUUUGUCCACACAUACUUCCACUGGUUCCAGUAUCCAGCACACUCAAGAGUUGUUAAAAGAACAUGAAGAAUUUCAGAUCACAGCAAAGCAAACCAAAGAGAGGGUGAAGUUGUUGAUACAGCUGGCUGAUGGCUUUUGUGAAAAAGGGCAUGCUCAUGCAACAGAGAUUAAAAAAUGUGUCACAGCAGUGGACAAGAGGUACAGAGACUUUUCCCUGCGCAUGGAGAAAUACAGGACCUCUUUAGAGAAAGCUCUGGGUAUUUCCUCCGAUUCCAAUAAAUCGAGCAAAAGCUUGCAGCUGGAUAUAAUCCCAGCCAGUGUCCCUGGGUCAGAGGUGAAACUGCGCGAUGCUGCUCAUGAGCUUAACGAAGAAAAACGCAAGUCUGCCCGCAGGAAAGAGUUCAUUAUGGCUGAGCUAAUUCAGACAGAGAAGGCUUACGUAAGAGACCUCCGGGAAUGCAUGGAUACAUAUCUAUGGGAAAUGACAAGUGGAGUUGAGGAGAUCCCACCUGGUAUUGUAAACAAAGAACACAUUAUCUUUGGAAACAUGCAGGAAAUUUAUGAGUUCCAUAAUAAUAUAUUCCUCAAGGAGCUGGAAAAAUAUGAACAGUUACCAGAAGAUGUUGGACAUUGCUUCGUUACUUGGGCAGACAAAUUCCAGAUGUAUGUUACGUACUGUAAAAAUAAGCCAGAUUCUACUCAGCUGAUACUAGAACACGCAGGAGCAUACUUUGAUGAGAUACAACAGCGACAUGGACUGGCCAAUUCUAUCUCCUCUUACCUUAUCAAACCUGUCCAAAGGAUAACAAAAUACCAGCUUCUUUUAAAGGAGCUGCUCACGUGCUGUGAAGAAGGUAAAGGUGAGAUUAAGGAUGGCCUGGAGGUGAUGCUUAGUGUGCCAAAGCGAGCCAAUGAUGCUAUGCACCUCAGCAUGCUGGAAGGCUUUGAUGAAAAUAUAGAAUCUCAGGGAGAGCUCAUCCUUCAAGAAUCCUUCCAAGUGUGGGACCCAAAAACUCUAAUUCGAAAGGGGAGAGAGAGGCACCUUUUCCUUUUUGAGAUGUCCUUGGUUUUCAGUAAAGAAGUAAAGGACUCGAGUGGAAGGAGCAAGUACAUUUACAAGAGCAAACUGUUUACUUCUGAGCUGGGUGUCACAGAACAUGUAGAAGGAGAUCCCUGCAAGUUUGCUCUAUGGGUUGGCAGGACACCAACUUCAGACAACAAAAUUGUUCUUAAGGCAUCCAGUAUAGAGAAUAAACAGGACUGGAUCAAACACAUCCGGGAAGUGAUACAAGAAAGGACCAUUCAUCUGAAAGGAGCAUUGAAAGAGCCGAUCCACAUCCCCAAAACCGCACCAACAACAAAACAGAAAGGAAGAAGAGACGGCGAGGACCUGGACAGUCAGGGAGAUGGUAGCAGCCAGCCUGAUACUAUUUCAAUUGCCUCACGAACCUCACAGAACACACUAGACAGUGAUAAGUUGUCUGGUGGGUGCGAGCUGACGGUGGUAAUCCACGACUUCACCGCCUGCAAUAGUAAUGAGCUGACAAUCCGUCGUGGGCAGACAGUGGAGGUCCUGGAGAGGCCCCAUGACAAGCCUGACUGGUGUCUGGUCCGAACGACAGAUCGGUCCCCAGCUGCAGAAGGCCUGGUCCCCUGCGGGUCCCUCUGCAUUGCUCACUCUCGCAGUAGUAUGGAGAUGGAGGGGAUUUUUAACCACAAAGACUCCCUUUCCGUCUCCAGCAAUGAUGCCAGUCCUCCAGCUUCAGUAACAUCGCUUCAGCCCCACAUGAUCGGUGCUCAGAGCUCCCCAGGCCCCAAGCGCCCUGGCAACACCUUGAGGAAAUGGCUUACCAGUCCUGUGAGGCGUCUGAGCAGUGGGAAAGCAGAUGGGCAUGUCAAAAAACUGGCCCACAAGCAUAAGAAGAGUAGAGAGGUUCGUAAAAGUGCCGAUGCAGGCUCUCAGAAGGACUCCGACGAUAGUGCAGCGACCCCACAGGAUGAAACUGUUGAAGAGAGAGGUCGGAAUGAAGGGCUGAGCAGUGGCACUCUCUCCAAGUCAUCCUCUUCAGGCAUGCAGAGCUGCGGAGAGGAGGAAGGCGAAGAGGGAGCGGAUGCUGUACCACUGCCUCCUCCGAUGGCAAUUCAGCAACACAGUCUUCUCCAGCCUGACUCGCAGGAUGACAAGACAUCUUCUCGAUUAUUGGUGCGGCCGACCAGCUCCGAGACACCCAGUGCUGCAGAGCUAGUCAGUGCAAUUGAAGAGCUCGUCAAAAGUAAAAUGGCUCUGGAGGACCGUCCAAGUUCCUUGCUGGUAGAUCAAGGUGACAGCAGCAGUCCAUCCUUCAACCCUUCAGAUAACUCCCUCCUCUCCUCCUCAUCACCCAUAGAUGAGAUGGAAGAAAGGAAAUCCAGCUCCUUAAAAAGACGACACUAUGUCUUACAGGAAUUAGUGGAGACAGAGCGAGAUUAUGUGCGAGAUCUGGGCUAUGUAGUUGAGGGUUAUAUGGCACUUAUGAAGGAAGAUGGUGUACCUGAUGAUAUGAAAGGCAAAGACAAGAUUGUAUUUGGAAACAUUCACCAGAUUUAUGACUGGCACAGAGACUUCUUUUUAGGAGAGUUGGAGAAGUGCCUUGAAGAUCCAGAAAAGCUGGGAUCCCUGUUUGUUAAGCAUGAGAGAAGGUUGCACAUGUACAUAGUUUACUGCCAAAACAAACCAAAGUCUGAGCACAUUGUCUCAGAAUACAUUGAUACGUUUUUUGAG